AUAAAAUUAGAGGAAAUGCCAAUUUAUAUGCGUAUAGAUAAUUAGAUAAAGGGUGCACCAACAGCAGCAGACUACGGUCAGUCCCAGUGUGAGGCAAGAUGGAAGCGCUCAAGGCCUGCAGCGUAAGCUUGAAUCCAUUGAAGCACCUGUUUCACCUUGGCUCUUCCACAACCCUCAUCAGACGUCCCUAUUCUUCCUAUGCUCUUAUCCUUUGCUGCCGCUCUUCCACCACAACUUCCACCGCUGCCGGCAGCAACCGCAACCGCAACCGCCGCUUAUCUUCUACAUCAGCAUCUUCUACUUCCGACAGAGACGCUGUUCGAGCAAUUCGAUUGAAGAAGGUAGAAGAAUUGAGGAGCAAGGGUCUGGAGCCAUAUGCUUAUAGGUGGGAUAGGACUCACACUGCUAAUCAGCUACAAGAUUUGUAUAGAAAUCUUGGGGACGGCGAAGAGUUAAAUAGUGAGGAAGACCAUGUAACCGUAGCAGGAAGAAUUGUGGCUCGCAGAGCAUUUGGAAAGCUUGCAUUUUUCACUCUGAGAGAUGACUCUGGGAUCAUUCAGCUCUACUGUGAAAAGGAACGGCUUGAAAGUAAUCAAUUUGAGCAGCUUAAGACUCUUGUUGAUAUUGGUGAUAUACUUGGUGCAAGUGGCUCAAUUAAGCGGACAGAGAAAGGGGAGCUUUCUGUGUAUGUGAAUUCAUUUGCAAUUCUUACAAAAUCUCUACUCCCCCUGCCAGACAAAUACCAUGGUUUAACUGAUGUGGAUAAGCGGUACCGCCAAAGAUAUGUAGAUAUGAUUGCAAAUCCUGAGGUGGCUGAUAUAUUCCGGAAGAGAGCAAAGGUUGUGUCAGAGAUGCGCAAGACAGUGGAAUCUAUUGGUUUUGUUGAAGUUGAAACACCAGUUCUUCAGGGAGCAGCUGGUGGAGCAGAAGCUAGGCCAUUUGUUACAUACCACAAUUCACUGGGAAGGGACCUUUAUUUGAGGAUAGCAACAGAGCUGCACUUAAAGAGAAUGCUGGUAGGGGGGUUUGAAAAAGUAUAUGAGAUUGGCCGAAUAUUUAGAAAUGAAGGCCUUUCAACCCGUCAUAAUCCUGAAUUUACCACCAUUGAGAUGUAUGAAGCAUAUUCAGACUAUGAAAGCAUGAUUAACAUGGCAGAGGAAAUUGUUACUCGAUGUGCACUUGCAAUUCAUGGGAAGCUUACCAUUGAUUACCAGGGUGUUGAGAUAUGUCUUGAGCGGCCUUGGAGGAGGGAAACCAUGCACAAUCUGGUAAAAGAGGCCACUGGGAUUGAUUUUAAUGAGUUGGGCAAUGAUCUUAAAGCUGCUAAAGAAGUUACUCUGAGGAUCCUAGGAGACCUUGAUAACAAAGAUAAAUCUUCCAUCGAAGCAUGCUCAUCACUUGGCCACCUUCUUAAUGAGGUUUUUGAAAUCAUUGUAGAACCAAAGCUUCUCCAACCGACAUUUGUGUUGGACUAUCCAGUUGAGAUAUCUCCUCUAGCCAAACCUCAUCGCAGGCAUGCUGGGUUAACAGAGCGAUUUGAACUUUUUAUUUGUGGCCGUGAGCUGGCCAAUGCUUUCUCCGAAUUGACUGAUCCUGUAGAUCAGAGAGUACGCCUGGAAGAGCAAGUUAGGCAGCACAAUGCGAAGAAAACUGAAGUUGUUUUGGAAACGGAUCAUGCAGAUGGGAAAACAAAGAAAAAUGAGGAUGACUCAUAUGAAGUGACUCUUGAUGAUGAUUUCCUAACAGCUUUGGAAUAUGGAAUGCCCCCGGCUUCAGGAAUGGGACUUGGAAUUGACAGGCUAGUUAUGCUUUUGACAAACUCGGCCAGUAUUAGGGAUGUAAUUGCCUUCCCAGUGCUUAAGAUUCAGCAGUAGUAGUGACAUGGCCAAACCAAGUUUUUUACUUGUGAGAUUAUUUAUUUAUUAGAGGCCACAAGGAGAGGAUGGUUUGGCCCGAGUUUGGAGCCUUUUUUAAUUUUUGUUCAGGUCCCAAUUCUUUGGCCUUAGUUUGUUUCAGGCUUACUACUGCAUGUUUUUGAUUAUUUGGAAAAUGUUUACCUUCGAUACUGGUGCUAACUCCUGUUUUUGCAUAUUGAAUUUCUUUUUCUAGA